GAGAGAGAGAGAGCACCAGGGCAGAUGAACACUGGCAAAAGGUUUGUCUCCACCCCAACAGACCCCCCCCCCCACUCUCCCCACCACCACCACCCUCCAUCUCUUUUGUAGUGUGCACCAAUAAAAAUCUGAUGAACGUGAGCAACAACCGCCACCACCUCACAGUUAGCAUCUCCUUGGAGCCAGCGAGUCCAGUUGUGCUGCAGGAUUACGGGAGAGUAACUGGAGGCUUUGAGGGGAGGAAAAACGGAGGAGGGGCUGUGUUGAGCUGGUGGGCUUCCUCUGCCUUACAGACACAUUUUAUUGACUUGCUAAUUGGACGAGGCGCUCGGAGGAGAGGAUGCGGUGACCGAGAGAUUUUCUCCAAGGGACCGAUCCAGACAAGGAAGCAUUGUGUGCUAUUUUAGAAUUUCUUCCAUUUUCGCGCUAUGUCACAACAGAUGGGCUUUUUUUCCCACCCCCCAGUAGUCAUCCUGCUGUGAAUUCCUGGUUUUGUGUAUGACAUUGUCAAAUGGAGGCUCCAGCUGCAAGACGCAUCGUGACAAGUGAAUGAUUUCCUUCUUACUCCACCCCCCGCACCCCCAAAGCAGGCUCACUUUCACCUAUUUUUAUUUCCCUUUUGGAUGGAUCAGCUCUUCAUCAUCCGCUCCGGCUGAUAUCCCGUUUGAUACCAUUCGAUCGCCAAAAGAAUCAUUCAUUUUUUAACCCGGACCUAUCUAAUUGCUGUGCAACAGAAUGACGUUCGCUCCCGCUGCCAUGACGGAGUUUUGCAUGCGUGGACUGGUCGGAGAGAAGGUGCUACUGUGCUGAGGUCUUGCGUCCCAAUGAGCCAAGCAGACAACCCACAGAGACGCACCACCUAUCUCAUCUCCCUCACUCUGGUGAAGGUUGAGGCUUUGCCAGAGGAUGUAGCUGGGAAACAAGUGGAGAAGGAGGGCGAAGGCAGCCCGAAAGAGAGUGAGGAGGUGAGACAUGACCCCAAAAAAGAGGAGGAAGCACGUGCUGGUCCACAAGCGUCGGAUAAAGAGAGCACACAAGCGGGAGAAGAAGUGGAGCAGGUGCAGGUCAAGUAUGGCAGCCCGAAUGAGAAGUGGAUCAAAGCGGAGAGAAGAGACCAAAAAGACGUCCCGAUCGCUAAAAGCAAGGACACUGCUCCCGUCCACCCUUCAUUGAGGCAAAUGGUGAAGGUGUACAGCGGCGGCAGCUUCGAGACCACCGUACGCAGAGAGGGGCCUCGCAGCGACGCCUCGCGUCCCAAGACGGAACUCUAUCGGGAGCCUCCAAGGCUCUUCCCAAAGGGCGAAAACGGAGCGGAGCUCAACAACCGUUCGCGCUGCAGCCUCCCUUUUUCAGUGCCGCCUCAGGUUAGAAAGCGCCCCGAAGUCUUGAUGAGGCCGCAUGCGGGAGCCAACGCAGCAUGCUGGAAGGAAGCCCGAGACGCCAACAACAGCUUGUAUCACUCUGCAAAGACUCUGGAGCGGAGGGAUAACCGUAUCGGGGAUCAGUCCCCCUUAAUGGCAGCUACAACUCUGGGGCCUUACAGGGCGUCUUGGGCCGACAGCGAUGGCAGAGGAACGCUCAUUCGUCCCGCGGCUCCCCUCAGCGGAGGCUAUUCCGGAAUCAUGAACAGGGAGAACUCUCACGAGGACAGAUUUAAGGUUUCCUUGGUUACACCCGUCACCUGCGAUGUCAACCGGCCUCCAAGAAAAACCACCAGUCGUACUCUGGAUAACAGCGACCUACAUUGCCAAGGAGGAACAAUCCAUAGAGCUCCCGUCCGUGACCGCAAGAUGCUCAAGUUCAUCAGUGGCAUUUUCUCCAAAAGUGCAGCUGCGCCCCCAAAUGUCAGCACUGCAUCCGCCUUGUAUCCCGCCGCGGACAGGGGCUCCAGCGAGGAGGAGGCUGCGUGCACCAGCAGUCAGGAAUGGACCAUCACUCAAACUGUGCAAGAACUUCACCUGGCUGUGUUGGGGGGCCUGUGCAGUGGGAAGUCUGCGCUGGUCCACAGACACUUGACAGGAAGUUACCUGUCACUGGAGAAUGCCGAAGGGCGUCAGUACAUUAAGGAUGUCUUGAUUGAUGGGCAGAGCCACUUGUUGAUCAUCAGAGAGGAGACGGAACUCCCAGGAGCCCAGUUCGCAAGCUGGCUCGAUGCGGUUAUCCUGGUCUUCAGUUUGGAAAACGAGGCCAGUUUCCAGGAAGUGUACAAGAUAUACCAUCAGCUUGCCGUCUACCGGCCUGUCACCGAGAUACCUUUCGUAGUCGUGGGCACGCAGGAUAAGAUCAGCAGCAGCAACCCAAGGGUCAUCGACGACGCUCGGGCCAGGCAGCUCUGCUCAGACGUGCGCCGUUGCACCUACUACGAAACAUGUGCCACGUACGGCCUCAACGUCAACAGAGUCUUCACUGAUGCUGCUCAGAAGAUCAUGGCUGCCAAGAAGCAAGCUGCUUUACUAGCUUCCUGUAAAUCUCUUCCAAACUCUCCCAGUCACUCUGGAGGCUCCACCCCAGUGUCUGGUGUCUAUCCAGGACAGGCCAGUAAUGGAGGUCAGAGUAGCGAUUACUCCUCAUCGCUUCCCUCCACCCCUGUGAUUAGCCAUAAAGAGAUUGGCAGGUCGGCAAGAGGGGAGAAACAAGACAGUGGCACUCCUGGCUCAGUCCGCAGUGCCACCCGCAGACGCAACGCACGCUUUUCGGGUCGAAGAGGCAGUGACUCAGCCAGGCGAAGUGCAGACUGCAAAGGAGACGUGGGAAGCGGGCGCUUUAUUCCGAUCAAGCAGGGUUUCUUGCUCAAGCGCAGCGGGAACUCACUCAAUAAAGAGUGGAAGAAGAAAUACGUCACCCUCUCCAGUGAUGGCAUCCUGUCAUACCACUCCAAUGUCAAUGACUACAUGCUAAACACACCCGGGAAAGAAAUGGACCUGCUGCGAGUGACGGUGAAGGUGCCAGGAAAACGUCCCCCUCGUGCUGUACCUACCGGCGGCCCUCCAGUCGGACUCAAAGAUGUGCAGGGACCAGAGGGUGCCAGUCUGGUUCCGGUCAGUGCCAGCAGCCUCCUGCAAGCGGAUGACAUGGAGGGGGUCGGGGGCGCUCUCUUCCUGAGGAGUAACAGAGGCGUGCAGCGAUGUUCUUCCAACGUCUCCAACCACGCUCAAAGUGUUGACUCUGCAGUUGAGGGUGUGUCCAGCUCCUCGUCCACCAAAGAUGUAGGCUCCACAUCCCCAGUGGAGGACAGGAAGAAACAUCGCAGAAAGAAGAGCAUGAACCAGAAAGGGGACGCCACCAUUGGCCAAGCAGAUGCCAAGCGCAAAAUGUGGAAACUAAAAAGCUUUGGUAGCUUAAGGAACGUGAGCAAAACAGAUGAAGAAAACAAUGACUUUGUCAUUGUGUCGAGUUCUGGCCAGACGUGGCAUUUUGAAGCUCAAAGUGUGGAGGAGAGGGAUUCCUGGGUGCAGGCUAUCGAGAGUCAGAUCUUGGCCAGCUUGCAGCUGUGUGAGAGCAGUAAGAACAAGGCUCGCAAGAACAGCCAGAGCGAAGCCGUCGCUCUGCAGGCGAUUCGCAAUGCAAAAGGAAACGGCUUCUGUGUCGACUGCGAUGCUCCCAAUCCCACAUGGGCCAGUUUGAACCUCGGCGCGCUCAUCUGCAUCGAGUGUUCGGGGAUCCACAGGAACUUGGGGACUCACGUUUCGCGCGUUCGCUCACUCGAUUUGGACGAUCUACCGCGAGAGCUCACGCUGGUUCUCAGUGCAAUUGGCAACCACAUGGUGAACUGUAUAUGGGAGGCGCGCACGAUGGGCCACCGUAAACCGCCGCCUGACGCUACCAGAGAGGAACGAGAGUCGUGGAUUCGGGCCAAAUAUGAGCAGAAACUUUUUGUGGCGCCUUUGCCCCCUCCUACUCCCAACGAGGGUCCCGACAUCACACUCUCCGGCCGUCUUCUGCUGGCUGCGAUGGAGCACAAUCUCCCCAAGCUGCUGCUCCUUUUGGCUCACUGCACUAAGGAAGACAUCAACGGCCCCCCCAGCAUGGCGCUCUCCUCCCGGUCCCUCCUGGCGCUGCGGCUGCCCGGCUCUGCCCUUCAUGCUGCCUGUCAGCAGGCCAACGUGGUGAUGACUCAGCUUCUCGUUUGGUACGGAUGUGACGUUAGGUACAAGGACGCUCAAGGGCAAACAGCGCUGACCCUGGCUCGCAUGGCGGGCAGCCAGGAAUGCGCCGACAUUCUGCUGCAGUAUGGAUGUCCCAAUGAGUGCGCCCCUUCCGCUGCCACAACAGCAGGAUUCCCAUCCGCAGCCAACCCAGGCUUCUCCGUUGCCAUGACGCCCAACCUGACGGUCGCCACGACGCUCAGGAUCUCGCACAGGGGCGGUGGUGGCGGGGCAACCAGCUUCAGCUACAGUACGUCAAGAAAAGCCGUAUCAUAAGACGAGAGGAGAGGGUGGGGUUUGUGUGUGUGUGUAUAUAUAUAUAUAUAUAUAUAUAUAUAUAUAUAUACACAUACACACACACACACAUAUAAUAUAGAAAUGUAUGUGAGCGUGUGUGUGUGUGGAGGAACAUGUGCUAAGAAGUUGCACUAGUACUGUGACACAAGCCCAAAUGGACUGAUGUGUGUAAAAGAGAGAUAGAGACUGAAAUGGGGAGAAAGAAGACAAAACUGGCCCAUGCAGCAAGAGUGAUGAAAGGAAAUCGACCUGUGUUAAGGGGCUCGGAGGGGUUCGGGGGGGAUCUCUCAUCCAAAUGAAGAACUGCAAUAAGCUAAUGAACUGGGCUGUAUGUAUCUGUUUGAAAUGCCAUCACUUUAUCGGUAUUUACAAGAGAGUGUCUGUAUUGUGUUGCGUUCAACACAGCCUAACGGACAGUUCGUUUUAAAAUUCCGCUACAAAGGCUGCUUUUGUUUUGAAGAAAAUCAAGAGAUAGGAUGAUAGAACUCUAUAAAUCGGAAAAAAAGUGCUUAAUUUCCAGCAUUGUACUUUUUGUACGGGUGGUUGGUUCUGUGUACAAAAAAUGGCUUGGGAGGAGAUUUCUUGCUUUGGUGUUCCUUUGAUAAUUAACUCAAAGCUCAAGACUAAGAUUUCUAUGUAAUGUUUGUAUCACUGUGCGCGACAUCAACACUGUACAUGAUUUGUGCAUUUUGCAUAUCUUGAAAGUGAAUGACUCCAAGCAGCGGGCCACUGUGGUGAUGUUCGUAUGAGCAAAGGAAAUGCCUUCAUUUCAACUGAAUGUAUUUUAAAACGGUCAUGUCGUCAGGAAGGUGCCGCUUUCAUGGAUGUUAACUCUCUCUCCUGCCGAACCUAAUAGAGAUUAAAAGUCUUAUUUAGUAGAUUGUUUUCAAAUGUACAUAUAUAUACAAGUGAGCAGUGGUAUGAAUGUUUACAAGUGGCUAAUAAUCAGUGUGAGGAAAAGAGGAAUGUUGCCCAUGCGGCGAUUUCAAGAGGAGCCUAAAAAGAAGUCAUUCCAUCCGUACUUGAUGUAAUUCUGUGUUCAUCUAAUGACAGUUGCUGAGUAUACAUGUCUGUGCUGUAAAAAGGUCUCGAUUCAUUUGUAUUUUUUUACUCAUGCAAUGAUUCAUAAAGCAUUCGUUAUCAAUACA